AGAAAUUAAGGCUCCCGGUUGCACGUGGUUCUGAGGGGAAGUCCAGAGAGGCUAAAGCUUAGGGAGGUUGCAGACCGGGAUACAUUCUCCAACACCAAGUGGAUGGCUUUUCACCAGUGGCUGGGAGCUAGAACAUUCUGGCUGCUCACACUGGUGGUAUUAAUCUUCUUCUGGAUAUCCUACGCUCGUCUCUUCACGUUCACAGAAGCUGGCUUGAACAUCAGUGUGACCUCACCUCGUGAUGGCCACUUCUCGAGAUCACAUGUUUAUGUAUCAAACAAGACUUAUAGAAGUCAGGAUUUUCGUCAGCUCGUUGCAUCUUGGGAUCGUCAUUACAAAAUAUUGCAGGCUGAGGCUCGGAUAGAGGGGGAGGUGUUGAACCAUUAUCCAGACCAAGUAAGGUUCUCGUUCGAGGUGAAGGAGACUUGCGAGGAGCCACCGCUGGUUCUGGCCAUGGUGGUGACGUCUGUCGAGAACUGGCGUCAACGUCACUUCGUGCGUCACUCGUGGGGUCAUCCAGCACUCGCCCAGCUCACCGGCAUUAGACCCUUGUUUGUGGUGGGCGAAGUAGGUGAUCCAAAACGUCAGGCUAUGCUGGUGAAAGAAUCACAACGACAUGGUGACGUGAUACAAGCAAACUUUAUAGACACCUACAACAACCUGACUUAUAAAACAACGGCACUCAUCACCUGGGCCUUCCAAAACUGUCCCAACACUCCUUUCAUCCUCAAAAUAGACGAUGACGUUAUUCCUAAUCCUUUGGCACUGCGAGACUUCCUCAUAGUAUACCUGCAGCAACAUCCCCAUCCUGUUGAGAUCAUGGGCAGUGUGAGGCGUUGUGACGAGGCUUUACGGGAGGGAAAGUGGGCAGUGUCUAACGAAACGUAUCCGGACGAGCGAUAUCCACCGUUCGUGGCUGGUCCUUCAUACUUGCUGCCGAUGACAGUCAUCCCUGUCUUACUUCAGGCCAUCAGAAGAACAAAACGUGUACACGACAGGUCUGGCAGCGAGGUUGGCGUGUCUCGCUCACUAUGACUUGACCUCCCUUACCAACUUUCUGCCACAGGACAUGGACUACUACUGGUGUACUGGCUCUACAGUCUUCCAG